AAAAAGUCUGAUUUUAUUGUUAUAUUCUUAUUCUAGUUUGAAACAGAUAUACAGGACAUUCUUGGACAGACUUCAGGUCAUCUGGUUUUCUGGAUUAGCAGCAGGUCGAUCUCCAGGAAUAUUCACCACACCUGGGAAACAAAAGAACUUGGAAACUUUUCAGGAUUCUGGCGUUUACUCAUCUUAUGGAUUUGUAGACUAGAUUUGUGGAGGGUAGUCAGUGCAGCUGAGUCCUCAGGGACUACGUUGAUAGUGUGUUUUUCUAAAAUAUAUCCUGAGGUCUUCCCUUGAUGAUAACAUCAAGGGAUAGAUAUAAAUUAUCUAUCUAUAACUUUUGAUUAUUAACUUCUGUCAGUCUUCCAGCGGUUCCUGAACCAUGCAGAUCUUUUCACCAUAAUUUGGUAUUGCCUGGAAACUUUGAAAUGUUUCAUUUCCACCAUGUUUUGCUCUGAUAAUCUUCCAGCAAUGUUUGCGUGUGAGAGCUCUGUAACUUCCUCAAACAGCGUGCAGGUCAGAUAUUGUGUGAGCUGAUGAUCAGAGGAGAUAAACUCUGACACAGGAAGCCUGUCCAUGAUAGGUAGAAAUUUUGAGGUGUCAUCUGCUAAAAGUUGCCGUUGUCACAGUUUGGCUGUUGGGAAAUUUCCUGAGAUGACGGAGUCAUUGCUCAGACUGGCAGAUUUCUGAAGGCAGAAGAUCAGAAUCUUUUAUAAAAACUCUGCACAAGUCUCAUUUCUCUGAGUUCAGCUGUUUGAGAAACAUAUUUACUCUCUUAAUUUACACAAAGUUCAGAUUAAAGUUAAAGAAAAUCUCUAAAAUGUUUUCAUCUGAAACGAAUGAGAUGGACUCAACGUAAAGGGAAGAUGUAAAAAAGAAAUGUAAUGUUUAAAUUCAGGAUGGAUGCAACAUCUUUUCCAAAGAUUCUGUCCUAUGGGAAAAUGCAUUUUAAUAUAAAGAUAUGAUUCAACGAGGAGAACCUCCUGAUUAUUUCAUACAGAGCACAUUAGCUCUUCUCUUAGCGUGGUGUUUUCCCGUACGUAUGAAGCUAACGCUGCAGUGCUACACUGCAUAAAUGAGGAUAAAGUGAUGUUUAUCAGUAUGAGCGCUGAGAUGCAGCUUUUCAAACAAACCUGAUUUCACAGCUCAUUUCUGACACUUCACAUCUAAUGAAAGAGCAAAAUCCAAAGUGGGAUUUUCCUGUGGACCAGCACGAGAACAGUUGAGUCACUUUACUUUAAAGUUUGUCCGGCUGCAGCUAUGAUCAACAUUGCUGUAAUGCCAACAACAGGCUUCAUGUUUCUGUGUUUUUUUUAACUCAGUCAACAUUCAGAACUCCAUCAUCAUUUCACCCACUCCACACAGGUUUGGCCUGAGAGAUCUGUCUCUGUGGAUUGAACAGGAGGUGACAAGGCAGCAGCAGAAACUGUGACAGUGGUUUGAGCUGACGUCUGAGCUUCACACUGAUGCAGCUCUGUCAUCGUGCAACUACACGAUAGCCAGUGUUCAUUUAAAGCAGCUAAUUCACAGACGCCUUGUCCAUAUUUGGUAAAAUGUUCCAGACUCUGAAAGGUGGAGCUUCGUGAUUUGCAUAUAUAGUGGUGAGUUUGUGGAAGUUGUGAUCAGCUGCUGGAGACACACAAACCACAGGUAACACUGCUUCUUCUUCUUUUUCUGUUAAAGUGACUGAAGCCAUCGCUCUGCUUUAGCUUCGUUGACUUCAAAGUUCCUGAUCCUGAUCCUCUGUGAUGCUGAUUCCUGAUUCAGGCAGUGGCUCAUGGUGGAAUCUUAAGUCUGCGUUCAUGUAGCAGUGUUAAUGUGUGAAGUGACGGUUUGAGUCUGUAUGAAUGGAAACGUCUUUGUCUCUGACUGAAACAUGUUCGGUACUUUAACUCACUGACACAGCUCAACUUCAUUCCAGUGAAUUCAAAGCAGCUUCGUUUAGGAAGGCACAUGAGAGAAAACGGAACGUGUCCUCGCUGCUUUUCUUCUUCUUGUGUUUCAGGAUGACUUCCUGCGUGUUUUCCUUCUUGUUCUCCAUCUCCCUGUUUUCCUCCAUCACUGCUGUCGAUCCUGCAGGCCUCAAAAUCCGGAUCACCAACAGAGCUCUGAGCAUGUUGAAGGAUCAAGCUCUGGCCUUUUUACAGGAGGGGCUGGUGAACAGGCCGUUUGAAGAGCGUAGCAUUGGAAGCUGCACGAUCCAGCGGGCUGUCAUAACUCAGCUGGCUGUGAAUCAAGCUGAUCUUCGUUUCCAGGCCAACUCCGGGUUCCAGUUCGUGAUCCAGAACUUUGGCUUCACCAUCACCUUCGACCGACAGCUCAACCUGUACAUUUUCCGAGACACAGGAACGUCCACGUUUGAAGCUGAAGGCGUGAAUGUCAACAUGGCAGUGAGUCUAUUCCGAAAUGACCAAGGACGUCUGAAUGUGGCAGUGUCGAACUGUGAGGCUUCAGCCAACGGCAUGGUCUCGAGGUCCACUGGCCCACUCAGGCGCGUCUGGGACAACCUUCUGCCAUGUGUGCGCCACCUCUUCAACCAUCUGUUCUGUCCUGUUGUGCAAAGAUAUGGCGUGACUGCAGUAAACCGGAUGUUGGACACCGUAAACAUGGAUGCAGAGCUGUUUCCAGACUUUGGCAUCAGCAUCGACUAUUCUCUGAUCAGAGACGUCCAAGUGACGGCCGCCAGCCUCGACCUGUCUUUCAAAGGUUUGGCACACAGACGAGGUGAAGCCGCUGCCGUGACCAGUGACGGUGUGGAUCCAGUUUUCCCUGGAAAUGAGCGGAUGGCGUAUUUAGGUGUCUCCCAGCUUUUCUUCGACAGCGCCGCCGUGUCCUUCUACAACGCUGGAGCCAUGGGGAAGAAGCUCGAAGAGGUGACCUCCGUACCUGCCAAAGUUCUUCUCAGACUUCGUCAGUUUUUCACACAACCGUGGCGCCUGUCAGCUCCUCUCAGCGCUGAGGUCGGACUCACUGAGGCUCCCAGGAUCAGAAUUACCCCCCACGGAGUCACGGUGAACGUCAGGGCCAGACUCCGAGCAGCGUCAACGCCUCCCAGCAGGGCGCCACACGUCAUCGCGUCUGUGUCCGCGACCUGUGAGGUCAGUGUGCGUGUUACUGUGGAUGGAAAUCGCCUGACUCUGCCAUAUCAACAAGUCAGCUGCUCUGUGGUCACCAGCAAUUCUGUAAAACAACAACUGGUGAAGCCCCUGAACACCCUCCUGACGAACAGGAUCAGUGACUUCAUGGAGGGUUGGUUUGCUCGGGGAGUUCAGCUUCCUCUGCCCGAAGGAGUGAGCUUCACCCAGGGAACGAUCCAGUAUCACGAUGUGAGUGGUCACACACGAAAGCACUCAGCCUCACAGUACGACAAGUGUACGACAAGUUUACCACCUGGUUCUACCUGGUUCUACCUGGUCCUGUGCUGUUGUCUCUGCAGGGCUUUGCGUUGGUUGGAGGAGACCUGGACUUCUCUGCAGAGGGCAGGAGGAACCUGCAGAGACACUUGGGAGGUGAACAGAGCCGUGACUGAGCGUCCAACCAGACCAGGUUCACAUUUAGUCCCAGUCCGACGUCACAGCCCUGGUCCUGUGUCCUGCUGCAGCCUGAUUUUCUGCUUCUGCAAUAAAAACCUUCAGCAUCACCGAGUCUCAGUUUUUGUCUGUUAUACGCUUCAGGUUUCCCAUCAUGCAUCACUCUACACCCGGUCCUACCCACAAUCCUUUGGGUGCCUAUGA